AACACGAAACGUUUGUCGGGCUAAAUAAAGUGGGACUAGCUGAAUUAGUUUUGCAGCGGACCAGUAUGAAGACAAUCAGCUGGAUAACCUGCUUGUACAUUGUAACUAUUCAGUGAACAGUUACUAGCUGCACCUGUUUCCUAUUCGUGGUCAGGUGUCUGAGGCAUGGAACAGAUCCUUAAAGGGAGCACUUGUAACCAAGAAAAAAUGACAUCAAAUAUUCCAAGUUUCACUGUGAGCACCAGAAAGGAACCAUCACAAGGUGGGAAUGGAUCAGAAACACAAGAUCAAAAGAAAAUGAAGCAAACAGAGCGCCAACUAAAAUGCUUAGCAUUUCAGAACCCUGGUCCGCUGCUAGCUGACUUCAAUCCAGAGACCAGAUUACAGACUAAGGAGAUUCGCAGGACAAAGUUAAGGCAGCUGGUCUUCGAAAGCAACAACAUAUGGCAGAGAAAAUAUGACAACACUGGGAAGCUGCUAUUCAGCGGAAUAGACCUUUGUGAUUGUCUAGAUGAAGACUGCCCAGGCUGUUUCUACCCCUGCUCCAAAUGCAGUUCUUGGAAAUGUGGCUCUAUAUGUCGUUGUAACCGCAAGUGGAUUUAUGAUGGAAUUGAAACUGAAGGAAGUGAUUUUGUACAAAAAUUCCCUGAUUUGUGGUUGAACUGAAUUUCUACAAGUCUAAGUUGUAUAUGAUUAAAGUGAACACUUUCUUUUUUGUGAACAACAUUUGUGUGUUAUAUCUUCUGUUUAAUUAUUGUGCAUCAUCUGACAAAUAUAAAUAACUUGGCAAGUGUUUGUGUAAUUCUGAAAUGUAGAAAUGAUUGUACCAGUCACUUUUUUUUUUGUUCAGUAAAAUACAGAAUACACUGAAUGCAAUUUUGUUUAAACAUUAAUGCAUUUAGGCCAAUUUGUCUUUAACAGGAUCAGAGGCGAUUUGGAGGUGGGAGUUAUUGGUGAAGUAGUUCUGAGAAUUUUCUCACCUUUUUUUUUCUGAUCUCAGGUUG